ACAUGUCUGCAACUUCCGGAUCGGCACAAUUUGGAAAUUUUAAUAAUUAUUACCAAUUUAAUCCCGUUGAAAACAGAUUAAAGCUACUUCCAAUUAAUAUACUUGAUCUAUUCCAAAACGAAGUCGAUGUAUUGAUGCUCGAUAUCGGAUGUAAUGCUGGCGACUUAACUAUUGGAUUCUAUGAACAUUUUUCUCAGAAAUGGAAUGUCGGCAAGCGAAAACUUCACAUUUUUGCAUUUGAUUUAGACUCUUCACUUAUAGAUAAAUGCAAAGAACUAAAUCCUUAUCCAGAGAAUAUUCAUUAUUUUUCAUUAAAUAUAAUGGAAGAAUCUGCUUAUAAAAUAUUAAAACAAUUUCUAUCUAAAUUUAACAAGGAAAAAUUUGAUAUGACCCUCUGUUUUUCUGUCACAAUGUGGAUCCAUCUCAAUUAUGGUGAUUGUGGUCUUAAAACUUUUUUAAAAAACACAUGUAACUUAACCAACUACUUGCUGCUCGAACCUCAAAAUUGGAAGUGCUACAGGUCGACAUCUAGAAGAAUGAGACGAUUAAAAUGUGACAAAUUCCAAAAUCUGGAAGACUCUGUGACAAAGACUAUGGUAGAAAAUAUAGAAAAUUUCCUUAAUAGCAACUGUGAAGUGGAGAAAGUAAAGACAUUUGGUAUUACAAAAUGGAAAAGAUGUAUUUUAUUAUAUAAGAACAGUGAUGUUUCAGAGAUUUCAAUUGAAUGGAAAAUAAUAUAG